AAUCGCAACAAAGCAGACAAUUGAAGUACUUGACUUAUGCAGGAGCACAUCAGUCGUGUUUACUCGAACUUGCAGUUCGGUAGAAAGUUCCCUCCGAGCUAGUCGAUAUGACUUUGAUGCAGGCCCUUUUGGGUGCAUUGGUGGUAUUGGGAUGUGCUCCCAUUUAUUUGGCCCAAGGCUACACGGACAGCCAAUGCCAAGGAGAUCGAACGGUGAUUGUCCAUUUGUUCGAAUGGACAUGGGGUGAAAUUGCCCGCGAAUGCGAAGAAUUUCUAGGUCCCAAAGGAUACUGUGGAGUACAGGUUUCUCCUCCUCAUGAGCACAUUGUUACUCCGGAAUGGUGGGCUCGAUAUCAAGUUGUUUCGUACCAAUUGGAAUCCAGAGGGGGAACCAGAGACGAAUUCAUUGAGAUGGUGCAACGUUGUGACGCAGUCGGCGUGAAUAUCAUAGUUGAUGGUAUCCUUAAUCAUGCCACAGGGAUGGACCAGACAAGUGGAACCGGAUGGGGUGGAUCUUCGUUUGAUGGACCCGGCCAGUCUUUUCCCGGGGUUCCCUACUCCAAAGACAAUUUUCAUCAGCCCCCCUGUGACAUCAAUUACGGCGACCCUGCAUCCGUACGUGAUUGCUAUCUUCUGACUUUGAGCGAUUUGGAUCACUCGCAAGAUUACGUGAUCGAAACCUUGGCGGCAUAUUUGAACGAUUUGAUAAGCAUUGGAGUCAAAGGUUUCCGGUUGGACGCUUCAAAGCACAUGUGGCCUCAAGAUCUGGCCAAUAUUCAAAGCCGGAUGGACGAUUUGCCUCAGGGGGGUCGACCGGUGGUCAUGCACGAGGUUAUUGAUCAGGGUGGCGAGCCCAUUAAGGUCAAUGAAUACUAUGAUGUGGGUCGAGUCACCGAGUUCCGCUAUGGCAUCAAGGUGGCCGAAUCGAUUAAUAACGGAGCCUUUGGCAAUCUUGAAGGUGUGUACGACCCUGGGUGGGGCAUGUGUGAUCCAGAACAUGCUUUUGUCUUCAUCGACAAUCACGACAAUCAGCGAGGACAUGGUGGAGCUGGAAACACUUUGACUCACAAGGACCCAUACAAAUAUAAGCUAGCCGUUUCCUUCAUGUUGGCUCAUGACUAUGGAUUCAAGCGGGUGAUGUCCAGUUACUACUUUGACAACUCCGAUCAAGGACCCCCAGACACUCCUCCAGGAUGUGGAGAGGGUUGGGUCUGUGAGCACAGAUGGAACUCGAUUGGAAACAUGGUGGAGUUCGCCAAUGCUGUCAAUGGAGAACCAGUGGAGAACUGGGUGGGUGAAGCCGAUAUGGUGGCCUUCUCUAGAGGGGCCAAAGGAUUCUACGCUAUGGGAAAUGUCGGAGGAAGACAAUUCACUACUGGCUUGCCUGAUGGUGAAUACUGCGAUUUAAUUUCGGAUUGCGUGCAAAAGAUCACGAUCAGUGGAGGUAUGGGCACCUUUGAUCUCUAUGACUCAGAAGAGCCUGCGGUGGCUAUUUGUGUCGGAUGCUCUGGAGGUUCAGGACCUGGAACCACCUCGGCACCUGAUGAUGAUGCAACCACCACCACACAAGCUUCAACUUCUCCAGUGCCUGAGGAGUGUUGUGAUACCAUUACAUUGUCGAGUUCUGGUGCUGGAGCUAGUGCCUACCCAGAGCUCAUGGGUGACUACUCAAAGAUAGAUACCGAUGAGAAUGGGCGUGGAGUUUAUCAACAUAAGACCAUUUUGACCGACGCGUACAUCUCUUACGUGAACGAUCCGGCUCAUCAUUGGGAUGGAUGGCGUGUGACCAACAACAGGGACGAAGUGUUCGGUUUCAUCUCCAAUGACGAUGAUGGUGACUGCCCGCAACUUGCCUCAGGAUGGGACUACUUGGACGGAGAGGAGUGGAAUGUGGAUGAAACGAUGAAAGUGUCGUGCAAUCAAGGUGGCGGAGACACCACCACCUCUCCCGGAGGCGGGGGUAGCACCAAUGCCCCGCCCACUGGUAUGGCCCGCACCAUCAUCUUCAUUGAGAGAGAGACCUUCCCUGGCUCCGAUGUGUUCAUUGUGGGAGGCAUCAAUGACGAGCAAAGGCCAGACUGUGGAACUGAUGCGGAAACGUCCACUUGUGCCAUCGAUAUUGCGCUCAAUGAGAUGCCCAAGCAAUGGGAGUCCUACAACGCUUGGAUGGAGGGAGAUACCAAAUUAGAUUGGGAGGGACCUCAGGUUGGACAAGGAACCUUUGACGACUACGAAGCAUUUGGCACUCCAGGAGCCUGGACCACGGAUGAUGCCACGGAUGAUUUCUAUUAUGAGUUGAACACCUUCGGUCCUCACUAUUGGAUUAUUGAUAUGAACAUGGACUGUUCCCAAACUGAGAAUGGAUGGUUCGAGCUCAAUACGUUGUACACGAUCGGUGGUGAAGAUGGAGAACCAAUCAUUGCCCAAGAGGCGUGUACUGGGGGCGUGGGUGGGACUGCUCCUUACAGCUCGCCCAACCAUAUGGCUCGAUGUGGAUACAUGAAUGUGUUCCAAUAUGGAGAAAAUGGUUGCCAAAUUGAUGAAGUGCCAGCAAAAAAGAACUAAACUGAUUGCCUGAGGCAAAUUGAAAUUUGUUCUCUUAUUAAAUUUUGAGAAACCAUAUUUAUGUAAUUAAUCGAUCAAAACACGAGACUCCGAUAGUCUCAAAAUGUUUUUGGCUUUUUCAUUAAACAUGAAUGUAAAAAUGCA